AUGGGAGACCUUUUCUCCAACUGCACCGACCAUUAUCCAAUUGAAAAAUACUUUCAAAACUGCACAAAUACAUCCCGCCCGUGUGAAUUGAUUCAUGAUUUUGCAGUUGUUGCUCAGCUAUUAACUAUUCUUGAUUUCUACAUAACAUGCACUCUUUUUCUACUGGCACUGAUAAUUAAUAUUUAUUUUCUAUGGAUUUGUGUUCCAUUGUAUUGGAAAAUGAGUUAUGAGACUAGGAAGAGAUAUAUAUUCGUUAUCAGUCGAUGUGUUUCGUCUAUCAGUGCUGCUUUAACUCUUCUCAUUUUGAGAUGCAUUCUCUAUGUUUAUUUUCCACCGGAGACGUCGAGUUAUUGGCUUUAUGCGGUUGUUAUUAUUGCGGAUAAUAUUAGUUUUUAUAGUUUACAAGGAUCUUAUAUCGGAAUGGCUAUCCUUCUAUACAUUGGUGUUCUUCAUCCAGUCUAUUUCUCCAGGCGUCUUACUGUUCGAAAUAUCUAUAUUCUAGCAGUUUCCAAUGUAAUCCUAGCCAUUUUAAUAUCAGUUCCUCUUGGUGCAUUUCAAACAGCCACUUAUAUCCCCGGCCCAAUUCAAUGCGAAUCUCACCAUUGUGCUCCGGUUGUUGGGCUUAUUAACUUUGUAAUCGUCAGCUUAGCAUUCUCCGCCACCAUUCUAAUUCUAAUAUUCGUUUUCAUCUGCCUAAGUUUUCAUAUUCACCAAUCGAAAAAAAUAGGAAGCUACACGUCUUCUCAAACUCUUCAUCAUGCCAGAAUCCGUCUCGGAUGGACACUUACAGCAAUAAUUGUGAUUUCUCUUGCCGAAGGAAUUCCUUCUAGUUUUCUUAUUGGUCUCAAAGCGGAUAGUGUUCUCAAUACAUGUAACAAUUUCUAUCAGGCGGAUCGGCUGGUCCAGAUUACCGUAUUCACAUCAAUUGAUUCUAUUAUUUGGGCGAUAGUCUUAAUCCUUGACCCCUUGGCUAGUGUAAUUUUCGACCACAGCAUCAUGAACAAAGUCACACAUCACAUAAACCGAUCUCAAGUUUAUUAUUAUGUGGACACUAUUGAAGUUAUCAUUUACUGGCUGAAUCUGGUGGUUCCAUUUAUUUUAUUAACUACUGGUUUGUUUUUAAAUGCAUAUUAUUUGACAGUUUUGUUGCCUAAUUUUAUACAAAUGAAUGAUAUCACCAGAAAACAAUAUGUAUUCGUUGUUAGCAGAGGAAUAUCUUCACUUUCUGCUGCUUCAGCAAUGCUUACAAUUCGCAUCGUUGAAUUUUUAACUCUCAAUUAUGUUGUCUAUUUCUUGUUUUUCAUGAUCGACGAUCUCAGUUUUUAUACUUUAUUAGGAUCCUACGUUGGAUCAGCCGUUCUACUGUACCUUGCCACCGUUCGUCCCAUAUUCUAUUCCCUUUGUAUAUCAGUUCGAACCGUGUACAAACUGGCAAUUGGCAACCUAAUCGGAUCAAUUUUGUUAUCAGCGACGACAGCUGUGUUCCAAGCAGCAGAACAGUCAGAAGGAGGCCCAUUUUAUUGUGAUCUGGAUCAUUGUCAAGCAGCAAUUAAUAUCGUUAUGUUUGUCAUAGUUUCGUUAUCAUUCCUCAUUCCAAUCAUCACCUUGUCAUUUGUGCUGAUCGCAUUGUAUUGCUAUAAGAAUCGAGCGGAAAGUGUUGGAAGCUUUGCAUCGGAAACUUCAAUUUUCAAGUCUGCAAGAACUCGUCUUGCCUGGACUCUGUUCACUUUCACAUUGAUUAGUAUGUCAGAAGGAAUACCAGCGUCAUAUAUGGUUGGAUUGAAAAUUGAUGGCUCAAUCACAACUUGUACUAACUUCUAUCAAGCCGAUCAUUUGAUAGUCCCUGCUAUCAUGAGUUCUUCACAAGUCCUUGCCUGGUCAAUUGCCCUUAUUGUCGACCCACUUUGCGGUUUAUUAUUCGAUCCACGAAUACGGAAAACGUGGGUACAACAUGUGAUUUUCUGA